AUACGGUAGACUCGACAAACGCUCGCAAAAUGUGUUCAACUUUUCAAAGAUUACUGCCUCGGAUUCGCAAAGAAUUGCUCAACCCAUCAGUAAGACUAUUCCACGAUGAAUUCUCGUCGAAAGUUCCGCUGGAGGAGCAGCGUAAAAAGGAUAAGCGUGCACCCGAGAACAUCCCUAGUGCCCGGUCAAUCGCUGCAAAGUAUCAGGUCUUUCGGGACGUUGAUUCCCCUGUGAUUCUGGAUGUGGACGAAGAACGGUUGCUGCACGAAGCUGGAUUAUCUCAGCCUGAGAAAAAAGAUGACCUGCCGGACAUGUACAGUGGCAUUGACCUUAGUCGUGGAAAGUCGGGUGUGUAUGAAAUAGAGGAUUUAGUCACAGUCUUGAGGUUAAACAGUGCGAUCAACAUCUUCGUGUGCACCGUACCCAAAGACAUCAAAUACGUCGAUUACUUGUGCAUAGUGUCCGGACGGAGCGUGAGGCACAUGCGUGGGCUGGCGGAAUUCGUUCGCAAGGUGUACAAAAUGAAACGACACCCGACCGAUUUGAUACCGAAAAUUGAAGGCGAAUCGAGCAGCGACUGGAUGGCGUUAGAUUUAGGAAACAUAGCUUUACACAUCUUUUCUGAAAAGGCCAGGCCACAGUACGACUUGGAAUCGCUCUGGAGUGUUGGUUCCGAGUUUGAUAGAGAGUACAACAAACCUAGCGAAGAACUGGUGCAGCUGUUUGAGAAACAUACUAUCUACUUGAACGAUUUGAAACCCUUGAAGAAAGAAGGAGGAACCGUAGAAGGGUAGUAGAAUAAUAUUAGGUGAAAAGUUAGUCGAAAAAUUGUAAAAAUAAUAAAAUAUCAUAUGAGAGAAGGGAGAUUUCUCA